AAAGGAGGCAACGGAGCCGAGCAGUUGAAGGACAUCAAAUGAAACACGGGAGCGCUUUACAGCGGGUCCUCUUGAGUUUUGCGCGUAGCCUGUGUGCUCCGAUCCUGGAGACAGUACGUUUUAGUGAAAAUCAUGGAAGAUAAAUCAAAUUCGUUCUCCAGCAACAAAGAAGGGGAGAAAGCAGAUGGGAAUAAUGUAUUUCAAAGGCAAGACUCGAUACAGAAGAAUAAUAUGGGGAGCCAGAACCUGAAAGGAGGGGACCAUGGAAACUCGGUGGGCUUCAAGGGGGACCGGGAGGAAGCCUUGGUCGGGUUCGACGAUAUAGACGGGUCCGGAAACCGACAUGGCUUUAUGCAGCGGCAAUUUGGAGCGAUGAUGCAGCCCGGCGUCAAUAAGUUCUCCCUGCGAAUGUUCGGCAGUCAGAAAGCCGUUGAGAAAGAGCAAGAAAGGGUCCAGACGGCUGGAUACUGGAUCAUUCAUCCCUAUAGCGAUUUUAGGUUCUACUGGGACUUGGUAAUGCUGGUCAUGAUGAUGGGGAACCUGAUCAUCAUUCCUGUAGGAAUAACCUUCUUCUCGGAGCAGACCACCACCACCUGGCUAAUAUUCAACGUAGCAUCAGACACCAUCUUCCUCGUGGAUCUGGUCAUGAACUUCCGCACGGGGAUCGUCAACGAGGAGAGCUCCGAGAUCAUCCUGGACCCCAAGGUCAUAAAGAUGAACUACCUGAAGAGCUGGUUUGUGGUCGACUUCCUCUCGUCCAUACCAGUGGAUUAUAUAUUUCUAAUAGUGGAAAAGGGGUUUGACUCAGAGGUGUACAAGACGGCGAGGGCGCUGAGGAUCGUGAGGUUUACUAAGAUCCUGUCUCUUCUGAGGCUACUAAGACUUUCCCGACUCAUCAGAUACAUACACCAGUGGGAGGAGAUUUUCCAUAUGACGUAUGACCUGGCCAGUGCUGUGGUAAGAAUAUUUAAUCUGAUAGGGAUGAUGCUACUGCUGUGCCACUGGGACGGUUGUCUGCAGUUCCUGGUCCCACUCCUACAAGAUUUCCCUCAAGAUUGUUGGGUGUCGCUAAACGGUAUGGUUAAUGACUCGUGGGGUAAGCAGUACUCGUACGCACUCUUCAAGGCGAUGAGUCACAUGCUGUGUAUCGGGUACGGCGCUCGGGCUCCCGUCAGCAUGUCCGACCUGUGGAUCACCAUGCUCAGUAUGAUCGUGGGCGCCACCUGCUACGCCAUGUUCGUGGGUCACGCCACCGCUCUCAUCCAAUCACUGGACUCCUCCCGCAGGCAGUACCAAGAGAAGUAUAAACAAGUAGAGCAGUACAUGUCGUUCCACAAGCUCCCCGCAGACAUGCGGCAGAAGAUCCAUGAUUACUAUGAGCAUCGUUAUCAGGGCAAGAUCUUUGACGAGGACAAUAUCCUGAGUGAGCUCAACGACCCGCUCAAAGAGGAAAUUGUGAACUUCAACUGUCGGAAGCUGGUGGCUACCAUGCCGCUGUUCGCCAACGCGGACCCCAACUUCGUGACGGGCAUGUUGAGCAAGCUGAAGUUCGAGGUGUUCCAGCCCAACGAUUACAUCAUCAGGGAGGGCACCGUGGGCAAGAAGAUGUACUUCAUCCAACAUGGUGUGGCCAGUGUCAUCACCAAGCUUAACAAAGAGAUGAAGCUGACGGAUGGCUCUUACUUUGGAGAGAUCUGUCUGCUGACGAAGGGGAGACGCACGGCGAGCGUUCGCGCUGACACCUACUGCCGUCUCUUCUCCCUCUCUGUGGAUCACUUCAACGAGGUGUUGGAAGAGUACCCUAUGAUGCGCCGCGCUUUCGAGACUGUAGCCAUCGACCGCCUGGACCGCAUCGGGAAGAAGAACAGCCUGCUCCUCCAGAAGUUCCAGAAGGAUCUGAACGCUGGGGUGUUCAACACGCAGGAGAACGAAAUAUUGAAGCAGAUAAUCCGUCAGGACAGGGAGAUGGUGAUGAUGGUGGACCGCAAGCAGUCGGUCACAGGGAUGUCGGUCACAGGGAUGUCGGUCACAGGGAUGAACACCACCCCGAUAUCUGGAAACUCCAUCAUUAACUCGCCGGCUCAGCCGCCCUACACCACUGCCCUGGGCAACAACCAGUUCCAGCAGUCAGCCACCUCUUUGACCUACAGUGCUUCGGCCGUCACCGCCCCCUCCGCCGCAGCCACCGCCCGCAUCCUGCCAGCCUCGGCGCAGGGUGUCUAUCCCGUCCCCAGCGUCAUCCACGGCAACCUGAACUCAUCCUCGCCCGUCCCCCAGACUCCCCUCUCUCUCCAUCAGCAAGGGUCCAUCAUGUCCCCGGUAUCCUUCACCACGGCGGUGUGCAGUCCACCAGUGCAGACCCCUGGGAUGGCGGGCCGCAGCUUCCAGUACGGCUCGCCCACCGCCUCCCAGCUCUCCCUUAUCCAGCAGCCGCUGCCUACUGCUCUACCACCGCAGCAACCACUACCACAGCCACAGCAACCAGGAGGAGCUGCGGCCUCCUCAGCAACACAACAACCACAACAACAGCAGCAAGUCCCGUCACCUCAGAGGAGUGACAGCCUCCACAAGGCCAGCCAUGCUCUCCAGUCGGGAAGCCUGAGUCGAGACGUGCGCCACCUCUCUGCCUCCCAGCCCUCCCUGCCCCACGACACGUCCCUGGGGCCCCGAGCGCACCCUGCAGCGUCCGGGGACUCCCUGGCCUCCAUUGCCCCGCCGGUGGCUGCAGUCCAGGGUAUGGGUAUACAGAGCGGUCUCCGCACCACAGUGCCCCAGAGGGUCAACCUGUUCCGCCAGAUGUCAUCAGGAGCGUUGCCUCCGGUACGAGCGGUGUCCUCUGCAGCCCAGCACAGGGAUUCCACUGGUUCUAGGAGAGAUUCUAGAAGAGAUUCUACCUUAAGCAGUACAGAGACCGAGCAAGAUAAGAUGCGGUUCGCAUCAAAUUUAUGAUCCCAUUUUUCUUUUUUUUAAACUUCUGUUUUAUUUAAUUUUAAAAUGGAGAUACAAAAAAAAAAGAUAAAGAUGAACUUGAGUAUUUUUUUGUUUUCUCAAAAAUUGUCUUCAGAAAAAAAAAUUAGCCUAAUGGAAUUCCUGUACAGAUUGCCCUUGUAUUAUAUUUUAGACACAUUUUCUCCCUACAUUUAAGAAUGUAUAUUAAAUAAAUAUAUAUAUAUAUAUGUGUGUAAAUCCAACUAGAAUAUUUGGCAAAGACUAUUUAAAAGCUCUAGUAUAUAAACAUGAGUCUUCCUUUCCAAAAAAAUAUACAUAUAGAUAUCAAA